AUGGGAUGGGGGAAACGGAAGUUGGCAGAGAGCCAGACGCCAGAGUCGACGUGCGAGGAGGCCGUGAGAUAUAUCAAAAGCGAUGGCCGGGAGCGGGAGAGGGAGCAGAGCCGUCGGACGGAGCAGCCUGGAGCCUCUGCAGGCAGACGCAAGGGUGAGGGCGAAGGGCGAAGAAGUAGGAAGGGCGAGAGGAGGACGGAGAUGGAGGUUGUCGAGCAGCAGCGGCAGCAGCAGCGAGCUUCCGCUCAACCAGCCAACCAACUAACUUAA